AUCAUUAUGACUGUAGAGUUCCUGCUAGCACGAUUCUCAAUUAAUUUGAACAUAAUUAUCGACUUGAGUAUUCUGUGAGCAUUACGUAACCAAGUCAAACUGCAGGUGAGAUCGAUGCACAGACUGGUCCUGCACCCUCCAUCAACUUAUUGAUUACCUGUUUAACAUGUCCAGGCAAACAGCCAAGCACUGACAUUUUACUCCAGACAUUUAUACAGGUAUAUGUUGAUAGUAUCUGCCAUACAUAAUUGUAUACUUAUUACACGACGUGAUGACCGACCAGGAGAGUACUGUGUAAGGACAGACAUGUGUUCUACAUAAGGAAAGGAACAGCACUAGCUUUAUACACUGAUCAGACUGAGUGUAUUUAUGUGAAGGUGUGAUGGAGCUAAAAGAAGCUAUGGUUACAUAUGUGUGUAAGGCUGUAUCCAGGGAAAACUUACAAAUAGUAAAUCUUGGCGAUAUGUACUAAGGAGAUGUACACAGCUGUAUCAGCUGAGCCAACUACUACUACCAAGGAUACAAAACAGAACAAGAAAAUCACCUCAGUAUCCAGAAAUCAACCUAGCGACUUUAAAAUAAUCCAAGAAAUAUAAAAAAAAUCAGUAAGAUUAUCAGAUUUAAUGUGUUCAUUGUACAAUAUAGAAACUUCCUUAAGGAACAGAAACUUCCUAAAGGAACAGAAACAUCCUACAGAUACAGAAACAUCCUAAAGGAACAGAAACAUCCUACAGGAAAUUCCUAAAGGAACAGAAACAUCCUACAGAGACUUCCUAAAGGAACAGAAACAUCCUACAGAUACAAAAACAUCCUAAAGGAACAGAAACAUCCUACAGAUACAGAAACUUCCUAAAGGAACAGAAACAUCCUACAGAGACUUCCUAAAGGAACAGAAACAUCCUACAGAUACAGAAACAUCCUAAAGGAACAGAAACAUCCUACAGAUACAGAAACUUCCUACAGAGACUUCCUAAAGGAACAGAAAUAUCCUACAGAUGCAGAAACAUCCUACAGAUACAGAAACUUCCUAAAGGACCAGAAACAUCCUAAAGGAACCGAAACAUCCUACAGAUACAGAAACUUCCUAAAGGACCAGAAACAUCCUAAAGGAACAGAAACAUCCUACAGAUACAGAAACUUCCUAAAGGAACAGAAACAUCCUACAGAUACAGAAACUUCCUGAAGGAACAGAAACAUCCUACCAAUACAGAAACAUCCUAAAGAUACUGAAACUUCCUAAAGGACCAGAAACAUUCUACAGAUACAAAAACUUCCUAAAGAAACAGAAACAUCCUACAGAUACAGAAACUUCCUACAGAUACAGAAACUUCCUAAAGGACCAGAAACAUCCUACAGAUACAAAAACUUCCUAAAGGACCAGAAACAUCCAACAGAUACAAAAACUUCCUAAAGAAACAGAAACAUCCUACAGAUACAGAAACUUCCUACAGAUACAGAAACUUCCUAAAGGAACAGAAACAUCCUACAGAUACAGAAACUUCCUACAGAUACAGAAACAUCCUACAGAUACAGAAACAUCCUACAGAUACAGAAACAUCCUAAAGGACCAGAAACAUCCUACCGAUACAGAAACAUCCUAAAGAUACAGAAACUUCCUAAAGGACCAGAAACAUCCUAAAGGAACAGAAACAUCCUACAGAUACAGAAACUUCCUACAGAUACAGAAACAUCCUACAGAUACAGAAACAUCCUACAGAUACAGAAACAUCCUAAAGGACCAGAAACAUCCUACCGAUACAGAAACAUCCUAAAGAUACAGAAACUUCCUAAAGGACCAGAAACAUCCUAAAGGAACAGAAACAUCCUACAGAUACAGAAACUUCCUACAGAUACAGAAACAUCCUACAGAUACAGAAACUUCCUACAGAUACAGAAACAUCCUAAAGGACCAGAAACAUCCUAAAGGAACAAAAACAUCCUACAGAUACAGAAACUUCCUAAAGGAACAGAAACAUCCUACAGAUACGGAAACUUCCUAAAGGAACAGAAACACCCUACAGAUACAGAAAUGCCCUAACCAUACUACAGCAAUGUUCUAGCAGAAAACCUCGUAGGAUAAACAGGAUAUCCUUUAAUACAGAAAACAUCCGGGGAUAUAAACAACGCCUACUUAGGAUACAGACACUACCUGCAAAUAUAGUGAUACAAACAAUGUUUGUAAGGACACCCUAUAUAAACUUCAGAACGACAAAGGAUUAAAUGUCAACACAUGUAUGUAAUAAAAAGAAACUUUUAGACAUGAGAAUUAAUCAAGUUUCCGUACAGUCAUCCUCCACCUAAACCACGAAGAGUAGAAAUUGACCGGUCAUCAAUCAACCGACAUAAAUACACAUGAAACAGAUUGGCUGUACAUGUGCAGUGUGGUGAUCAGGAUGCAACUGUUUGACGGUGUAUGACAAUCACUUCCUCCUGUCUACAUACGUACAGAUAAAAAAUACUCAUCAACAGCCACGUAAACACUCCUGCAGUCAUUCAUCUGUUCCACACUGACAGACAUGUAUUUAUGUUUAUUUGUGUCAGAACUACAGGACUCCCUCUAAAUUAUUCAGGAUAUAAUUUAUCAGUGAUAUAUAUUUUCCAUGGUUCUAAGGGAAAUUUCUACAUGGUGACAAAAGGAGGUUUUUAAGAUGUAAUCUUACACAGAAAAAACUGAGAUUUGAUUUUGAAUACCAAGUGUGAUGGAGAUUGUGAUUACAUUCAAUUUGUGACUAUGUACUUAUUUUUUUUGCAUUUUGUAACUGUGUUUACAUCUAAAACUAUCAUUUGGGAUGAUAUGGAAAAGACUAGCCAGCACUAGUCUUCACUGAAAUCUGACAAGGACCUAAGAAACUUUCUUACUGGAAAUUCUGAUGAAAUACCCAAAUCCAGUGCAGGUAUAUGUUAUAAUGAUACCUGUCUGACCAAUGUCUAGUCCAAAACUGGUACAGGUAUGUCAACUAACGAUGUCCAGUUCAUCACCUAUAAAGGUAUAUCAACAAACGAUAUCCAGCCGAACAUUGAUACAGGUGUGUCAACUAACGAUGUCCAGCCAAACACUGGUACAGGUGUGUCACCAAACGAUGUCCAGCCAAACACUGGUAUGGGUGUACCAAGCAACGAUGUCGAGCCCUACACUGAUAUAGGUGUGUCAUCUAACGAUGUCCAGCCCAACACUGGUACAGCUGUGUCACCAAACGAUGUCCAGGCAAACACUGGUAUGGGUGUACCAAGCAACGAUGUCGAGCCCUACACUGGUACAGGUGUGUCAUCUAACGAUGUCCAGCCCAACACUGGUACAGGUGUGUCAACUAACGAUGUACAGCCCAACACUGGUACAGGUGUGUCAACUAACGAUGUCCAGCCCAACACUGGUACAGCUGUGUCAACUAACGAUGUCAAGCCCAACACUGGUACAGGUGUGUCAACUAACGAUGUCCAGCCAAACACUGGUAUGGGUUUACCAAGCAACGAUGUCCAGCCCAACAAUGGUACAGGUGUGUCACCAAUUGAUGUCCAGUCCAACACUGGUACAGCUGUGUCACCAAACGAUGUCCAGCCCAACACUGGCACAGGUGUGUCAACUAACGAUGUCCAGCCCAACACUGGCACAGGUGUGUCACCUAACGAUGUCCAUCCCAACACUGGUACAGGUGUGUCAACUAAUGAUGUCCAGCCAAACACUGGUACAGCUGUGUCAACUAACGAUGUCAAGCCCAACACUGGUACAGGUUUGUCAACUAACGAUGUCCAGCCAAACACUGGUAUGGGUUUACCAAGCAACGAUGUCCAGCCCAACAAUGGUACAGGUGUGUCACCAAUUGAUGUCCAGUCCAACACUGGUACAGCUGUGUCACCAAACGAUGUUCGGCCAAACACUGGUAUAGGUGUAUCAUCUAACGAUGUCCAGAUCAACACUGGUACAACUGUGUCACCAAACGAUGUCCAGCCCAACACUGGCACAGGUGUGUCAACUAACGAUGUCCAGCCCAACACUGGCACAGGUGUGUCAACUAACGAUGUCCAGCCCAACAGUGGUGCAGCUGUGUCAACUAACGAUGUCAAGCCCAACACUGGUACAGGUGUGUCAACUAACGAUGUCCAGCCCAACAGUGGUGCAGCUGUGUCAACUAACGAUGUCAAGCCCAACACUGGUACAGGUGUGUCAACUAACGAUGUCCAGCCAAACACUGGUAUGGGUGUACCAAGCAACGAUGUCCAGCCCAACACUGGUACAGGUGUGUCACCAAACGAUGUCCAGCCCAACACUGGUACAACUUUGUCACCAAACGAUGUCCAGCCCAACACUGGUACAGGUGUGUCAACUCAUGAUGUCCAGCCAAACACUGGUACAGGUGUGUCAACUAACGAUGUCCAGCCAAACACUGGUAUGGGUGUACCAAGCAACGAUGUCCAGCCCUACACUGGUACAGGUGUGACAACUAAUGAUGUCCAGCCAAACACUGGUACAGGUGUGUCAACUAACGAUGCCCAGCCAAACACUGAUAUGGGUGUACCAAGCAACAAUGUCCAGCCAAAUACUGGUACAGACGUGUUACCUAACGAUGUCCAGCCCAACCCUGGUACAGGUGUGUUAUCUAACGAUGUCCAGCCCAACCCUGGUACAGGUGUGUUUUCUAACGAUGUCCAGCCCAACCCUGGUACAGGUGUGUCAUCUGACCAUGUCCAGUCUUACACUACUAGUACAGAUGUACUAGGUAUGGAUAUCCAGUCUGGUUCCAUUGAACCAGCAGACCCCUGUAGUCCAGUCGUGGCCUUUGACUUGCUUGGCCCAGUGGGAGAACAUCUUCUUUGUCCAACAUGUGUCAGCGUGUCUGUGACUGGAGAAUUUGUGGUCAGUGACACUGAAAGUUGCUUUGUGGUCAUCUACAGUAGUGCAGGACUCUACCUGAGUCACUUCAGCACCAUUCCAAAGAGGAUGUUUUAUAUGUUCAUAGAUGUAGCCAAGUAUCGGCCACAGGAUGUGGCCUGGCUUGCCUCUAAACAUGUUGUGUAUACCCAGCCAGCAGGCUGUCGGGUGGUCAUCGCAGACUGGAAUGGAAAAUCUACAGUCUCCAUUGAGGGCAGGCCUUUGUAUGAACCGUAUGGAGUCUGUGUUGACAAGUCAGACAAAAUCUACAUCACUGACAGAGCUAAAGGGAGAAUACUGUGUUAUAACAGUGACGGCAAGCUAAUUAAGAGUUUAGGAGUGUUAGGAUCAAGAGAAGUACUUAAUAGUCCACAUUACAUUCGUGUCACAAAUAAUGGAAAUAUAUGUGUAAAUGAAUUGAGUAAAGAGGGCAUUCGAGUUCGAGUUUACACCAAGUCUGGUACUUCUUGUUGUGUGGUAGCAAAGGGAGAUAAUCAAGGCAUAGGAAGUAUGGCGGUAGAUCCUGAGGGAUGUGUGUUACAGGUGGAUCAGCAGUAUGGACAUUUAGUGAUGUGUUGUCCCCCGAAAUUAAAUGGAUACUCUCAUAAGGACAAAACCACAACAGGAUUCAACGAACAAAAAGUUAAGAACACUUGUCUAUUGGUCAGUAGGACCCUAACUAACAUUGGAGGCAUAGCCCUGACUGAUAGUGACCAUUUAGUGUGUAUUGACCGCAAGGACAAACAGGUCAAGGUAUAUCUCUGGAACAACCAUAAGGAAAUGUUAGUUCCCUUGUAAACUUCUGAUAUAACAACUGAAGCUUGAAUAUAAAUAUAUAACAUAGCUACAAUAAUUAAAAUCUCACACCAUAUCUCAUGUUCUAUAUAUGUACAUUGUAGCUGUGUGAUGAUACCAGCACAGGCUUUUAGGCUAACUUUUACAUCUCUUGUCAUCAAAGUUCCUUUUCUAAGUGGACUUUUCUUUUCCAAAAUUCAGCAAAAAUAUAUUUAAGAUAUAAGCAACGUAUGUGCAUGUAAAUUAUAUUGGAAUACAUAACAGCGAUGAGAAAAAAAUAAUUGAUAAUUUUUCCAACAUUUUCGAAUCCAUGAUUCGAAAAAACAUGAUGAUUUUAUUAUUCCCUGGUAAUCUACCUAGUAAAAUGUAAUGAAAGUCUUUUUUUUGCAUCUAGAACAGUGGCAAUAUGCCUAAAAUAAGCAAAGCAAACUGGAUAAUCUAAUCAUUUAAAUUAGGCUGUUCUUUUGCUCAUGCAAACAUUUGUCGUGUUAUAGUUAGCACUUUUUUUACCUUUGACCUAGAGAUGAAGGUGACAAUGACUCAAAAACAGUCCCUUACACACUUUGUGUGGGUUAUGUAAGUACACUUUAAGUUUCAUCAAGAUAUCUGUAAUGGAUUAAUGGACAAGAGGUAAAGGUCAUAGUGAAAUAUUUACAGCAAAAACCCUCUACAAUAACACAGGUGAAUACAGUCAACCACCUCUGCUAAGAGACCACCUGUUUUACGUAACCACUUUUAAUGUGAACUAACCUGUAUUAAGAGGCCAGUCAUUAACAGACCAAUUUUCACUAUAUUACAAUAUUACUGAAUGGGUUCCAAUAAAUGUCAUAAAUCCAAUGCUAGUUAAUUUGUUGUGAGUGUUAGAUACAGGAAAGCUCCGGUCAAAUUGGACAGAGUAAAUAAAUAUUGUCAAUUCUGUUUGAAUUACACAAAAUUAUAGUGGCUAGAUUUUAAAAUAUCUUGAACAAUCCAAGUUAACAUCAGCAAAAAUCACGGCAAACAGUCAAGUCACCAAUACAGAACAACAAUAGCCUAUUAUUGUAUAUUUACAAAUCUGUCAAUGCCUAGUGUUAGACAAUUGUGUCAUUCUUAUAUUUACUUACUUAUUAUUAAUCGACUAUCAAAUUCAUUUUUAACUUAAUCAUGAAGUAGAGACCAGUAUAUAUGCAGCAAAAUAUGUUUUCUUGAGUGCUGACAGAAGUUCAUUCAUAAUGUAUCAGAAUGUGGAAGGCGGAUUGAGACUUUAGUUACGGACAUAUUAGUUGGACCAAUAACCUGUUCAAACCUGUUAGCUAAGCAGAAAUAUUGACAUUGUCAAUAAAAAGUGCUUCACCAGGGUUAAAAACAAGCCAUUCAGAUUGAUAUGUCUCGUCUGGGCCCCCUUUCACCUUCGAUGCACAUGUCAAGAUUGGUUGGUGUACAGUAGCACUUAUAGUUUCAGAGAAACUAGCUUAAACGCAAAAACUUUUUAAUGUUGAUGGAGAUGCUUAAAAAGUCAAUGGACCAUGAAGGUAGGUCGCAUCCAGCAUUUGAUGCAUGGGUUGAGAUGUACUACAUAAGAUGUAUCUAUCGUCCAAGUUUGGUUAGCCUAGCAAUUACUGCUGCCGUAAAAGCAACACCUUAAUCUCUCUUCCGCUACUUUGUGGCAGCCAGACAAAAAUAAACCUUUCCAUUGGCCAUUUCCCCAUUGGAAAUAAACUCCUGUUUUUCCCCCAAUUUCAAAUCUUUUCCCUAACAAGUGACACAUCAUAAUUUUAAGCAAACAAAUAUUGCUAUUAAUAAAAAUAUUUAAUUGGUACAAAGAGAAACUUCCAAAAUAUCAUUUUCUUUUUUCAAAAUUCUAAC